AUCUUUUUGUUGCAGAUUUUGGCUACAAUUUGAUCAAAUAUCCCGUUUUAAGACAAGCAACGAAUACUAAGAAGAUACAUUUAGUGUAAUCAAAAAUAAUUGAUGGAACUCAAGGAAACUGUGAUAAUGGAUUUAACAGGGACAUUAACUAGUGAAGAAAUAAAAACGGACUUUUUCGAUUUCGUUGUGCCUUCCGACUCGAACGAUAAUCAGUGCAUUCAACAAUUUUCGAAACAAAUGCGUAACAUAAACCCGUUUUUAGAAAGUUUAGAAGAUUCUAAAGAAACUAACAAUAACACAAUGUUAAUAACCGAAUUACCAGAUAGUUUGAACGAUGGCUUCGAACCGACUUUAUGGAACGUAAAAGACACUGUUAAAAUAGAAACCGCCUUGUUAGAAGAUUUAAAUAAAUAUUGUUGGAUGUCCACUACGAACGAGGUGGAACAAUUAAGUCCAGAAAAGACUAAUAACACUGAUGAACAAAUUUACACCCUGACAGUAUUAAAUGGAGUUGACCAAAGUGCUACGUGGUACCGUUUACCGAAAGAGGAUGAAUCAAUGUCGAGUCCAAGUUCUAUGGAACAAUUGCAAGUUGGAAUUGAUAUAGAUUCAAUACUAAGUGUUAUGCCUAGCGGUCAAAUAAACAAUUAUAAUAAUUUCAACGAAAAUAACGUUACAACGAAUACAGAUGGUCUCAUUAAAUCCGAAACGUACACUUACGAUGAAAACAAAGAUGAAAUAACCAACGCUCUUAUAGUCGGUAGUCCCAUGUUAGAAUCCCAAGAUAGUUUCGAAAAUAACAACAACGAUUGGAAAGUAUCGAACAAUAAUAAUAAUAAUGAAAAAGAAUCACCUGAUUCUCUCCUGAGGAGCGCCCUUCAAGGAAAAGCGUAUAUACGAUAUAACGGUACUUUCAAACCCCUACAACAAAAAUCCCCCCAAAACGAUAAUAACAACGUAGAACUAAGGAAAGUUCUAUCCACACCCCCAUCGAAAACCGAAACAGUAUUUCUCAAAGACGACCAGCAAGAUAAGAUACCCACCAUAGUAGCUGGAAUAGACGCCAAUGGAAAAAUAAUUUUUGAAGAGCAUAUUGUAGGUAAAGUGGUUCGAGAAACUGAGAACUCAACCAACUCCCAGAACGUCGACGAUCUCCUUCUGAGCCAAUUGGACCACUCGUAUCCCGAAGACUUCGAAAAAUUGAAGAGAAUCGAAAACGAAGUCGCUGAAUCCGUUCACCAAUAUUGCCAGCUGGAUACUUCGGGCGAAAAUAGUAUUACUUCUGUUGGAGGUGAACAAAUAGGGCUGUUGUAUAUAAAUACGCCGAUUCAAACCACCACACCGACGGUAUUGAGUACGAAGCCUACUAAGAAGUAUAAAAGACAAAACAGCGGUAGUAAAUCGCAAGCAACUGUUCAAAGUGUUACUCCAAACAACGUAGUGAGAAAGGAAAGGUCUUUACAUUAUUGUAAUAUUUGUUCUAAGGGUUUCAAAGAUAAAUAUUCUGUCAAUGUUCACAUCAGAACGCACACGGGCGAAAAACCCUUUGCGUGUAGUCUAUGUGGUAAGAGUUUUAGGCAAAAGGCUCACCUGGCUAAACAUUACCAGACUCAUAUAGCGCAGAAGAACGCUGUAGCGGCAGGUAAUGUUACCACAGUAAAAGGUAAAUCAAGGUAGCUUUUUAUUCAUUUUGUUGUUUAUUCAUGUUGUGUUGUUUUGCAUUUCAA